AUGGCUGAUGCCAUGGGACCACCGCAGGCAGCACGCGCAGGCUCGUUCCGUUGGACGGCGUCAACAUCGGCCGGACCUCGAUGUGAGCCCGACGCCGUUGCUGCCGUCGGCCCAGUGGGUGUAGGUGUGCGUGCUCUCGAAAAAGUUGCGAGUCUCACAGCUGAAGCAGAGACGAACACGGCCUGUCUUCCCCUCUCGGCAGUCGACGUGGUCAUCAUCUUCACGGCUGAACGACCGACAUAG